CCUACUGUCACGUGCGGUGCAUCACGUGCACGAGAAUGCGGAUCACGGAUCCGUAAAUAGAAUAGAGGUUACGGGAGGAAAUGUGGGACGGAACCAAAAGAAAAGGGUCAUCUUCCUUUUUUUUUCUCGUCGGAGCGAACAAUAAUAGACUCGGUCACGGGCAAGUUUCUCCAAGUCUCUCACGAUCUCUCGUAGGUCGUCGCGUGGGUGGAACUUCUCAAUUGAGAACUCUUAAAUUUGGCAUUUUGUCCCACCGAUUAUUUUCUAUUAUAUAUAUCCAGAACGUUGCAGAAUAUAUAUUUAAUAUUAACAAAUAGAACUUUUGUAUCUCCGACUUAUUACGGAAUUAAUCAGGAAGUGUUUUAUCCAAUUUUAUCUUUUUGAUGAAACAGUACAUAUUUUGUUAAAAAAUUUUCUUCUAUUUCUGGAGUAAAUGAAAAGUAUCCUCGGAGCAGCUAUAAUUCACAUUCCUUCCUUCUGUAAUACAAUGAAUUAAUCACGAAUACUGUGUGUUGUGGACAGAAAAUAUCAUGUGAGACAAUACAGUUCUAAAACAAUCCAUUUAAAAGAAGUCGCUAAUUGUAAGAGCAGAGAUCCAAAGUUUAGUGCAUAUGUCAAGAAUUAUUUAGUAUUUGCGAUCUUCCAGUGUUCUUUUUAAAUGCCAAAACACUUAGACGGCUACGAAACGUGCGCUGGUCCAGCAGGAAAAGCGAAAUGUGGCAAAAUGCAAGAUAUGACGGAAAGUGACGUUAAGUACGUAGUGAUACCUCUUCACCAUCGGCCUGACUUGAUUAAAGACUGUUGUAAGUUGCUUAAUUCUGAAUGGCCUCGAAGUGAAACUGCACGAAUGAAAUCUUUAAGUGUGUCUUGUGACGAUUUUCCUACGUGUCUAGUUCUAAUUAAUGGCGAGAACAAGGUUCUCGGGCACUGCAAAAUAUCUCUGGUGACUAGAUCGAAAGUUAGCUGUUUCAUAGAGUCUGUUGUAAUCGAUUAUCGAUGUAGAUCUAAAGGAUUAGGGUCUAGAUUGUUGCGUGGCGUGGAGGAGUAUGUCGCAAAAAGAGGCCUGAAGAACAUCUAUCUAAAGACGGAUGGUCAGGAGGUGUUUUACUAUAAGAACGGAUAUAAGGUGUGCGAUCCAUUUAAAGCAUAUGGCAUUAAUGACAUCAUAACUGCCAGUCCACCUCUCGGUAGGACCAGAUUCAAGGAGCGAAAUGGUGAUCAGUCCGCCGGACAAUUGCCACCGCCGCCUCCGCCACCCCCGAUGCCGGCAUUUCAAUUGUCAAAGUUUUUCGACAUGCGAAUGCUGUCUCAAAAAACACACAUGGUCAAGAAAUUAUGAUACUGGUAUUAUAUUAAAAUUUCAGAGUAUGCUCCACUCGCACUGAAAACGAGAGCUUUCACAAUUAAAAUUAGAUACUUAAAGAAAAACUAACUCAAUUUGAUUUAAAUAGAACAAAAUGAGAGAAUAGACAAUUUAGCACAUUGCAACUUAACGAAGAACUUGAACUCUUCUAUUUAGGAAAUCAUAUUCAUUAGUCGUGUAAAUAUAUCAUGUAAAUAAUUUUUUAAAACAUGAAAUCAUUCAUUUGAAAUCAUUCGCGAAUAAACAUGCAUUUGUCUUUUCAGCUCGAUGAAGCAACGCGAACGAAGUAUUAGAUACUUUAAAUUUUAGGCCUACAUUUUUGAAUCUAUAUA